AUGUCAGUAGUUGGUGAUCAACAUUUAUCAUCUCUUCAAAUGACUUCAUAUGUUGAACAAACUAUAGCAAAUAAUAUUCUUUCACCAACAUCAUCAUUCGUACAAGAAUUAUCUCUUGCACCAUUAAAACGUACAUAUUCAUUUGAUGAUAAAUAUCAAGAUCAUGAUUGUCAUCAAAUAAUUACACCAUCAUUGAUUAAACAACAAGAUGAAUUUAUACAACAACGAGAUUUAUUAUCAUCAAUAUUUAUAAGUUCAUCGAAUUCAUCACUUUCAUCAGCAAGUGAUGAAAAUAUACCUAUACGUACACGUUCAUUUAUGGUUGCUAUCAAAAAUACAUUUGAACGUUUAAAAGAAACAUCAAGUUGA